GAGUGCGCUGUCACGAGGUAAACAGAGCAGCUUCCGCAACAACAGAGUUCAGCGCUAAGGACGAGAGUUUGGUCUGUUUGUGGGUCAAAAUGGUUCGUUUAGGUUUAUUAGUUUUUAUUGCUUUUUUUUCUGUAACAACAACGCAAUUUAUACCACCGUACACAGAAGAUUGUCGGACAGACAUGUAUCCACCAAAAGGACCCACUUUUAGGAGCACUGUCAGCUGGUACACUAUCGACUUGGACCUACCACCCCACAAGAGAUGGACAUCUGUGAUCAAAGACAAGAAAAAGGAUCUGGACGACAUGAUUCAAGCAGUUAGAGACCUGGCUAAGGCCUUUGUGCCCAGUGGAAGACUGAUUGAGUUGGUGGAUAUAAGUUUGCCUUUGAUGCUGAAUACGCUGCCCAACCCAUUCAGGGAUGAGAUCAAAGGAAUAGCUUCAGACUCGGGCAUUCCACUUGGGGAGAUCACUUUAUUCAACAUCUUCUACGAGGUCUUCACUGUGUGCACUUCUGUGGUAGCAGAAGAUUCCAAAGGGAACCUCCUCCAUGGUCGAAAUCUGGAUUUUGGAUUAUUUAUGGGCUGGGACUUGAAGAACAAGUCCUGGAUCAUGAGUGAGAAGCUCAAGCCUCUAGUGGUCAACCUGGACUUCAGGAGGAACAACAAAACUGUAUUCAAAUCCACCAACUUUGCAGGAUAUGUGGGCAUGCUGACGGGCAUCAGGCCGCACUUGUUCAGUCUGACUAUGAAUGAGCGCUUCAGCCUGGACGGAGGAUAUAUUGGCAUCCUAGAGUGGAUUCUGGGUCAGAGAGAUGGGAUGUGGAUGAGCUUCCUCACCCGAUCUGUUCUGGAAAAUGCAACCAGCUAUGAGAAUGCCCGAUCUCUGCUGGCUCAGACCAAGCUGCUGGCUCCUGCGUACUUCAUACUGGGAGGGAAUCAGAGUGGACAGGGGUGCAUCAUCACCCGCUCCAGAGAACUGAGCUUGGACCUGCUCGAAUUAAACGUUAAACUGGGUCGCUGGUACGUCCUGGAGACAAACUAUGACCACUGGGAGGACCCCUUUUUUCUAGAUGACCGAAGAACUCCUGCUAUGACGUGUAUGAACAUGACCACACAGAAUAAUAUUUCAAUAAAAACACUAUACGAUGUUCUAUCGACAAAGCCUGUACUAAACAAGCUUACCACCUACACAACACUGAUGCAAGUAUCCAAUGGUAACCUUGAGUCCUAUAUUCGUGACUGUCCAAACCCCUGCAUGCCAUGGUAACAGAUUACAAUCAAUAAUAAUCUUUACAACGCUCACAUGAGUACUGAGAUUACAAAAUACACUCAUGUAUCUAAACCAAACCUUGUUCUAGUCUUUCAAAUUGUGAAUUUUUUGUGUUGUCUAACAAUUCAGGGAUACAAUGAUUUAUUUUUGCUUUCUAAACAAUCUUAUGACUAUUGUGUAAUUUGUAAGACUAUAUGUAAAAUGUAUAUGAGUUUUCUAAUGUUUCUAAUUAAGAUGUAGCAGAAAUUGUGAGUCCUAUAGAACCUAUAUUAAAGUUUAGCACUUACUGAGACACCAUUUUGUGCCUGCUAACUGCAUGUCAUAGGAUCACACUGACUCGCCUCAAAUGUGACUACUUCCUGUUUUUAUAGUGGUUAAUAAAAGUUGGGAUUUUAUAAGAUUGGGACUUUCUCAACGUGCGCAAUAAUUUGAGUUUAAAUAAUUUUGUGUACAUAUUUGAAAAUGUUUUACUUAUUAAAUGAAGUUGAUACAUAUUAGACUAAACUGA